UUUUCAUUCUCUUGACUACUUAACUAUUCUCUCUUCUCCUCAUCUCCUUCACUUUCUUUUACACUCUCUGUCAAUUUGACCUGCCCACCUACUACAUCUACAUACUAUCUAUCUAUCUACUAAGUAUACCCAUCAGAAAGCAUACAAAAUGGCCGACGAACAAAAAUCCCUCGCCGAGCGCGUCGAAGUGCCCGAUAUCCCCAAGGCCGCGGCCAAGAAGAUCGCUCUGCUGGAGCAGCAGUUUCUGCGCGCGGAGGUUGAACAAUUAAAACACUCCAUCCCCCUCUUCCGCCCCAUCUACGAGGAGCGCAACAAAGUCAUCACCACCCCCGAGGUGCAGGAGAACUUCUGGAUGCGCGUGUUCUCGCACGCCCCCGCCGAGAUCGACGAGUACAUCACGACCGCGGACGCCGCUGCGCUGGGCACCGCGCUGAAGAAUGUGUCUGUUGAGCGGUUCGAGGUGAACGAGGCGGGCCAGGGCGAGCCGCGCAGCAUUCGCUUUGUGUUUGAGUUCCGCACUGGCGAGGAGAACCCGUUCUUCACCGAUGAGAAGCUGGUCAAGGAGUUCUACUGGCGCAAGCGCGUGACGAAGACGCAGAAGGGGAAUACCAUUGUUUGGGAGGGUCUGGUUUCGGAGCCGGUGCGUGUGCACUGGAAGGCGGACCGUGAUCUGACCAAGGGGUUGUUGGAUGCCGCCUGUGAUCUGGCCGAGGCGGAGAAGAAGGGUGGGGAGAGGAAGCAACUGCCUGAGUUUAAGAAGCUCGUGAGCAAGAUUGAGGAGGUGGAGGCUGAGGCGGCGAAGCUGGAUGAGGAGGGUGAGGGCGAUGAUGAUGAGGAGGAUUUCCCUGUCGGCCCGUCGCCCGCUGGCACCAGCUUCUUCUCGUUCUUCGGGUACCGUGGUCGGGACGUCUCUGCUGAGGAGUCCGCCAAGGCGACCCAGGAGGAUGAGGAGCGCUACCAGAAGAUGCUGAAGGGCGAGAAGGUUGACGGCGAUGAUGAGGAGGCUGAGGAGGAUGAUGAGGAGGACGAGGAGGACGACGAGGUCGAGGCGCUGGAGAUCUUCCCUGACGGGGAGGAGCUCGCUGUCGCGCUCGCCGAGGACCUGUGGCCCAACGCUCUGAAGUACUAUGGUGGGUUUUCUCACUUUGGCCACGGAUGCUGCGAGUCGUGCUGACUGAAUAGCUCAAUCGUUCGACGAGCCCGAGGACCUUGAGUUCGACGAGGACGAGCUGGAAGGCCUGGAUGACGACGAGGAUGAUGAUGACGAGGAGGCCGAGGACGAGGAGUCCCGUCCCCGCAAAAAGACCAAGGUUUAAGCCACCUUUUUUAUGAUGUAUCUACCGGUGCGCUCACAACGCGAUCACCAGAAUUAAUAAUAGUACCAAAACGAAAAUGAGAACCGCAAUGCAGAAUGACGAAUAUGAAUCCUCAUUCUUCCGCACAAUGUGCUUCAACCUCGCCAUCCCCCCCUGCAGUUUCCC